AUGGCGCGGCCUUCAGCGCGGGCCUUCCCGUCCACUAUCGCGUGGAUGUGUCGCCCAUGUCGACUUCACGACAAAAUCCAAUUGACAGUUGGUCGUCAAUGGGUUCAGCCUCUCGGACGGCAACAGAGCUUCUCUACGACAAAAUAUCAUUCCGCCGCAGAGGUCCAGAUCCGUGCUGCCCCCGAGAUAGAUCUUGAAGACUCUACAUCUGUGCCCGCUCGAAUCCUUCCUCGGUCUCCCUCCUAUUUCACAGCCUCUCCGGUGUUCAACGAUCACCUCCUACUAUUACAAUCUCUUGUCAAGAAACAUGCAUCACUACCAACAGCUCCUCCAGACCAGAUACCACGGCCUGCAUGGCUGAAACUCAAUCAAUACCGAAGCUCGACAGGCGAACAGGUGGCUGCUUCAAAGUAUUCCAAAGUGCUAGUGCUCUUGACGAGACUAAACAAGAUCCAUCCCCGAUAUUGUCCCAAGGAAGUCAGGCAGAUCCUUUCGCGAUUUCGACGGCCCGGCUCGGAAGAGAUACAAAAAGCAAAGCCUGGCAAAAUCGAUGACUAUGGCAGGUCUGUCGGUAUCGGACGAAGGAAGGAGUCUUCGGCGAAGGUGUAUCUGGUGGAAGGGACAGGAGACGUACUGGUCAACGGACGCAGUAUCGUCCAGGCAUUCCCACGGCCCCACGACCGAGAGAGCGCACUGUGGGCGUUGAAGAUCACACAAAGAAUGGACAAGUACAACGUUUUUGCAUUGGUGUCGGGAGGGGGGACUACUGGUCAGGCCGAGUCCAUCACGUUGGCUCUUGCCAAGGCUCUGCUGGUACACGAACCAGCUCUUAAGCCGGCUCUGCGACGAGCCGGCUGUGUUACUUCGGAUCCCAGACGCGUGGAACGAAAGAAGCCCGGUCGACUCAAGGCACGCAAGAAGCCAGCUUGGGUCAAACGGUGA